GCUUAAUAAUGUGGCGGUUCAGGUCUCUGGCUGCCGGGAGUGCCUCAGCCUGCUGCUGCCAGGGGAGGAUGGGAAGGAUGCCACUUGUGUGCGGUGUGAGCAGCUGGACGAGCUGCUCAACCUGGUGGUGGAGCUUAGGGAGGAGUCAAACAGGGAGAGACAGCUUGAGAGAAGAUGAGGAAUGGCAGCUGGUCUCAUCCCAGCGUCGCAGGCAACCCCCAAGUUCUCGACCUACCUCGGUUCCCCUGAUCCCUCUCUGUAAUAGGUAUGAAACUCUGAAACCAGAGGGAGUGGUGACUGAUGAUAAUGUGGGAGCACUGCCGCCAAGCUUGCCUAAGGUGAGGCGGUCAGCUCCGCGUUUAAAGACUGCCUCCUCCAAGAAAGAAAGGAGAGUGGUAGUUGUAGGUGACUCUCUUCUGAGAGGAACAGAGGGUCCGAUAUGUCGGCCUGACCCUACCCGUAGGGAGGUGUGCUGCCUUCCUGCAGCCCGGGUCAGGGAUAUUUCUAGAAAACUCCCUAGCCUUAUCCGCCCCUCUGAUUAUUACCCUCUAUUGAUAGUUCAGGCCGGCAGUGAUGAGAUCCCUGUUAGAAGCCAGAGGAUUAUAAAAAAUGAUUUUAGGAGACUGGGGAAGUUAGUUGAUGGAGCGGGCAUACAAGUAGUGUUUCCAGUAUUCCCUCGGUGGCAGGGACAAGCGCUGAGACGACCAGGAAAAGCCAUCUUGUAA